UGUGUUUACAUCAUUGCAGCGCUUGCUACUAACGUUUCCUCGCUGUUUUAUUAAAGUUUCCCAGAAUUUGUCGCUUUAUAUGUUUUUUUUCUGUUUACCGACAUGUUCCCGGUGAUGUUUGUAAAGUUUUAUUAGAGCUGCUGGACGUUUUGUGGCGCGGUUAACAGGUACCAGCACCUGGCGUUAGCUAGCAGCUGGUAGAUGGCAGGCGACGGUCAGCCGCUGGAAACAACGUCCGUAGCUCCAGCCUGGAGGCAAAACACACACAUUUAACACAGGUCUGACUCACAGAGAUGCCUCCUAACAAGAGGAUGCAGAAGAAAGCGCUGAAACUGGACUGUGAAUGGGGUUCGUGUCAAGAGUCGUUCAGUCGGAUGGAAAACUUUUGCAAGCAUGCAGAGGGUCAUCUUGGUGCUGCGAACAUGGCGGAGGAGGACGAAGAAGAAGCGGAAGGGGAGAAAAACUGUUUCUGGAGAGACUGUGGCUUCUGUUCUGUUGAGGGCUCAGAAGAACUGCGACGACAUCUGUUCUUUCACUGUUAUCACACCAAGCUGAAGCAAUUGGGUCAGCAGGUCCUCAAUGCCCAGCCAGAAAUUGGCAGCUGCUCCAUCGCCUACCACAACCGCAACAUCAUCCCUGAAAUCCCAGACAAUUUUAUCUGCCUGUGGGAGGAUUGUGAGCAACCACCGUAUGACAACCCGGAGUGGUUCUACCGACACGUGGAGAUGCACAGUCAGUGCAUAGACAUACCAACAGGAGACUGUGAAUUGCCCAUACGCUGUGGAUGGAAGGAUUGUGAAGCCACAGCUAAAGGGCGUCCGAAGCUGCGCGAGCACCUGCGCAGCCACACCCAGGAGAAGGUCGUGGCAUGUCCUGGUUGUGGGGGGAUGUAUGCCAACAACACCAAGCUGUUUGACCACAUCAUACGACAGAGCGCCAUGGAAGGUCAGAGGUUCCAAUGUUCUCACUGUUCCAAACGCUUUGCAACAGAAAGACUACUGAGGGACCACAUGAGGACUCACGUGAGCCACUACAAAUGUCCAUUGUGCGACAUGACUUGCCCGUCGCCCUCUUCGCUGCGCAGCCAUAUCAAGUUUCGCCACAGUAAUGAGAAGCCAUACAGCUGUGACUACUGCGAAUACAGCUGUAAGAAUUUGAUCGACUUGCGCAAACACCUGGACACCCACAGCAGCGAGCCGGCUUUCCACUGUGACGUCCCCGGCUGUGGUUUCACCUCUCGCACUCUUGGCACCAUGAAGACUCACCAUAAAAGAGAGCAUGAGGGGAGUUUUGUAGCCCGCUACAAGUGCCAUGUGUGCGGCCAGUGUUUCACCAGAGGCAACAACCUAACCGUCCAUCUGCACAAAAAACACCAAUUCAAAUGGCCCUCUGGACACCCCAGGUUCAGGUACAAAGAACACGAAGAUGGUUUCUUGCGACUGCAGCUGAUUCGCUACGAGAGUGUGGAACUCACAGAGCAGUUGAUGAGGGAAAGACAAAACAGGCAAGGGGAGGAGGACGACGACAGUGGUCAGACCGAAGGUCAGGAGAUGGAGGAAGACUCAGCAGGGGCAACUCCUUCAGAGGUGCAGGCAGAACUGAGAGGAGUGCUGCUGGAGGAGCAGAGGACUGAGGAGCCGACCACCAGCCCUGCGGAUGGCGGUCAGGAGGAGGGCAUGUUGUAUGUCCUCACUGGAGGUUUGUCACAGGGAGGGGAGGAGUCUGUCAUGUUGCAGCUGCAGGAUGCUGCUCAGCAACCAGGGAUGCAGGUGGUUUGACUGGACACACGUCUAUAAUCUGCUGUGCUGCUUCUUCUGUGAAGGACUUUUGAGUGUGUAACGGAGGCUGGUGCAAAGAUGCUGCUUAGAUUUUAAAAUGUGUUGAGGCAUUUGACUUGAAUCAUCAGAAUAAAGGGACACGGUCUGUGGUGGCCAAUCUUGACUAUAAACCUAUAUUAGGUAAUACAACUGUUUUGCUGUGUUUGGUUUGCUUAUGCUGAGCAUCCUGUUUACCAGUGUUCUUAAAUUAUUUUCAGUUCAUUCACUGUAUCACACUAACAUCUUAACACAGUUGGAUGCUAAUGCUGCACUGCUCAGUGGGUUCUCAUUCAUCUAAAUUCGCUAAAUAAAUCAGCCACAACCGCAAAAGGAUAUGAGUCACAGGAAUGGCGCGUUAGCAUUAAUAUUCAUUAAAAUGUGUGGAAUUCAGCAAAGAGGCAGCUUCGGAUGUGUGCACUUUUGAUUCUUAAUCAUCAACUCCAUUAAACAUGUGAAACUUUUGUUUUCUUCAGACGUAUUUAAUGUUGCACAGUGAAAUAUUUUCUUUAAUGAUGACAGCUUGGUUAGUUUUAACAAGACACUGAAAGAUGAACAUGUAUUGCUCAUGUUUCUUAUGUGGCGUUCAGGUCAUUACAUAAUGUUUACCAUCUGUGCUGCCAUUGUGGCGCCCCCUGCUGAAUGUAGCUGAUCUAAUGCAGUUUAAUAACAGGUGGGAUGGUAAUCAAAUUGGCCUUUUUUUCCUGAAAUGACAAACAGAUUUUAGGUGUAAAUUUAACUGUCUUUUCAGAGUGACUGACUCAUAUCUGGUCAUGAAACCACGCUUAUUAAAUGCAAAUAAAGUAUGGAUCAAAACUCA